AUGGGUAUACCUCCAGAUGAAGAUUUAGCAGGAAGAAAUUUACCCUAUGUAAUAGUUGGUGACGAGGCAUUUCCUCUUAAAAAAUAUCUCAUGAGACCUUAUCCCAGAAGUGCCCGGCGACUUAGCGAGGAUGAACGUAUUUUCAACUACAGGCUCUCAAGAAGCAGAAAUACUGUGGAAAAUACUUUUGGUAUCCUUGCAAACACUUGGAGAGUAUAUCAUAGUCCAUUAGAAUGUCGAAUUGAACUCGCAGAUAAAGUCAUUUUAGCUACUGUUGUUCUCCACAAUUACACACGUCAAUUAACUACUCAAACCAAUCUAGCGACUGUUGAAGAACAAACCAACGAAACUAACGUGUUUAUGCCAAUACGAAUUGGUACCUCAUCGAAUUCAAGUAGAGAAGCUUUAAAUGUCCGAAAUUUAUUCAAAGAAUAUUUUAUUUCCAAUGAAGGUCGCGUUGAAUGGCAGCAAAGAAUUGUGAAUCGUACAGCUUAA